GCGGCGGGUAGGCGUGUAAUAAUAAAUAGGCAUCAAAGUAUCAUAUGCACAACGAAGAAAAUGGGUAGCAGUGUGACGGAAUCCACGUCUUCGGAUGUGUUGGACUUGAACAACUUUGACGCGUACGGUCGUUGGAGCCCGUACGUGUUGACCAGCCCCCGGUCGCUGUUGGCGUGCCGAAAGGCCAGGAUAAAGCCAAAUGAGUUGUUGUACAAGAGCGCCGCGGACGUCGCCGGAGACUUAGGGGUUUCGAUCGAGCUGGCCUAUCCGGUGUACAAGGAACACGAGAAGAUCAGACAAGAAAAACUAGAAGCGUGUCGACAAGAGAGAAAUAAAUUUGUAAAUAGCGAUAUUAGUUUGAGUAUAAACGGGCGCAAGAAGAAAAAGAAGUCAUGCUCCAGAAAAGCCAUGGGGUUCUAUCGAAACAACAUCGCUUCCAAUAUGCGACGUACGAAGUCUAUACAGAACAAAUUGAACGAGGACCAGAAAACCGUAAAGUCCACCACGAGAAAACCUCAAAGGCGGUGUAGGAAGUCUAAAAGCGUUAGCGACCUCAUGAACUUGAAAGAGUUGUGCAAAAAAGUCGACAGAAUCGCGAUCAUGGAGCGAUACGAUCCGCCCGAUCACAAGACUGUUGACAAUCAUAAGCCAAUGAAGAAACGAACAAGACCGAACACUAAUAAUGCUUCCUCUCGGAGUUUGGUGGACGUUAGCGACUCUCAUAUACCGGACCAAGACAAAAAGAUUUUGGAGAGUAUGCGACGGAAACGCGACGAACAGCAACAGUGCGAAGCUCUUUCGCAACGGGUAAAUUUGUUUUGGGAACAGAUGCGCGAAGAAGAGAAACGAUUGACGGCGGAACAAAAACAGAAAUGGCAAGAUUUCAUGACGGCCAAGCGCAACGUCGAGAACGGGGUGAACCAAGUGCGGUUAGAGGAACUUCGCCAAGCAUUCGAGAAUAGCCAGAGACGGUUAGAAGAGCAGAUCCGGGUCAGAGACGAAAAAGUCUCUGAACUCAAGCGACAAAUUUUGGAACGCAAGGAGUUUGAAAAUUCAAUGAAACGGGACACGCAAGCCAGAAAACUCGAAAUGGUCAACGAUAACUUGUUUUGCGAACAAAUGAACACAUUAGCGCGCAAAAAAGAAUUGCACGACUUGAGUAGGCUGAAGCAGGAAAACGCCAAUGAAACUAGAAACCAAUCGCUUCAAAUGACACAAGAAAAAGUCAUGACGCUCAACAGAAUGGAACAGCUGAGGCACGCCAUGCAAUUGGAACGAAUGCAGGCGCGCCACGACAAUGCCAUUCGCCGCAAGUUCGAUGAGUGUCAAGCAAAAGAGCGUAGAGCUUUUCAGAAUCAUCUGGACAGAAUGGCCACUCGAAUGAGAGAGCUGGCCAACAAAAGUUUGCAGAGAGAGCAGCAUAUGGGUCAAGUGCACAGGGUGGCCAGAGAAUUGGAAGACGGUAUGCAAAGAUGGCAAGACCGUGUAAUGCUGAUGCAAUACGAACAACUGAGAAGAGCAAAAGAGAACGCAGCUUUGUAUACAGACAGCAAGAGACUCAGGGCCGAAAUAGAAAAUAAACGCAGAGCUUUAGAACAUUCUGCUAAAAUGCAAAGAUUAAAAGAGCUGGAACGUCAGCGUUUGUGUUCUAUUAAAAAAGAAAUCGAAGAUGAAGAAAAGAAAAUUAGCAGGAUAAAACAGAAAAAGAAUUGGGAAAUUCAAAUGAGCCGGAAGUUAGCGUCUAGUACAGCCGAGCUUCGAAACGAAAUUCGGCGCAGUACGGACACUUUCAAUUCACGGUCGUAACCAUUGUUGACUUUUUAUAGCUUAGGUAAAACGUUCCGUCGAUUUGUAUAUUUUAUUAUUUAGUCAUAUUAAGUAACAAAAAAAAAAUAUAGAAUUAUUAUGAUUUACACAAUCGCAAUGCUACACAUAGAGCGUUUACGGGUCAUGAGUGUUAUUGUUUGUUAUUAACAUAAAAUAUUUAUCUUAUAAUGUUAGAAAAAAAAAACGUUUACUAUUAUCAUACUUAUUGUUAUAUAACAUGAAAAAAAUGAGUGUAUUUAUUUAAAGUCAUUUAUGUUUGUACUCGAUACGAAAUCGAGAAAAGUAUUUAUCUUGAAAAAAUUGGGCUUUCUGGAACGCCGAAGGUACUAACAAUUCAUACGUUGGCAUUAUAUUUGCAAAGACCUCAAUGUCACUGUUAUUAUAUUAUUACAUGGUAUUAUAUGCAUUCGAUGGUUCUAGUGAAUUGGAAAAAAUUGGAGCAGACAAUAUUGUUAAAAGCGAAAACUAAUAUUAAUUUGGAACCAAUGAAGUUUUUAUCCGUUUUUAUACCUAUUUAUGAUAUUAAAAUCCAUACUUGUAAUGACGAAAUUUCUAGGUGUUGUAGUUGCUAAAAAAUAACAAGUUAACUAGGGUUAAGUACUUGGGUUUAAUUAUUGAUUGCAAUUUGCGCUAAGACAUAAACAUACCGAGCCUUUGAGUAAUGCAUUUAAGAUCUUUCACAGAACGUUUAACAUAAGUCCUUGGUACACAAAAAAAGAUAUCAGUAAACUAACU